GAGUCCUAUCAUCGAACGACAACCUCUUCCAUUGGGAGGACCCCCAAUGCUUUCUUCAGCUGGGGGAAUGACUCUCAAAUCAGCACUCCAGGAAAGCUGAGUCUCCAUCCCUCCGUCACAUGGGGAGGUGUGGAUUCCGAGGGAGACUUGGGCUUCAAACAGGUAGCAACAGCGCCACACCCUGCAAUGAGGCUUCCCGGCAUCCUGAGCAAAGCCGGGCGCCUGUGUUCAUCCCACCGGCACUUGAUGAAGUUUGCAGAUGUUUACGACGAAGCCCGCUGCAAACUGCUGGAGGAGCAGAUCAACUAUGACCACUUGCAAAAGUUGGAGCGUACUUUCCGAGAAGCAGACGUGGAUGGCGAAGGGCUUGAUAUGGAACGGUUCCGUAAAGCGAUAAAGAAGAUCCUGGGCGAACUUUCUGAUGAAGACGUGGAUGUCAUUUUCAUGAAGGUGGACGCCAACUGCGAUGGCUCUGUGGACUGGGAGGAGUAUCUGAAUUACAUGCUUCGGGAAUAUCGUGGGAAGGACGACAUGCUGAAGAGCAAGUUGCUUCCGGAGUUCCAGACCAACAUGAAAACCGUCUCAGUGUCCCACUCGGAGGACAUCGUCCGGAUCCAGUUUUUCCCGAGCCAGGCUCGGGGCUUGAUGGAGAAAACGUGGAAAAGUAGCAGCCGGCCUCCCUCAGGACGCUUCCUGACCGUGAGCAGAGACGGGAUUCUGCAUUACUGGAGCGACGCUUUUAAGAUGCUCCGGACGGUAUAUCUGGACCAGACGAAGCGACGUCACAGUUUGAAGCUCUGGGUGAUUGACAUGUUAUGCCUACCCAACCUCAAUCUUUUGGCGGUUUCGACCACAGACCAGGAUAUUGAGUUCUUUGACAUUGGAGGCAACAAAUGCGACCGCCUUUUUUCCUUAGUCGACUUGGAUGGAUGUGCCACAGCCAUGGACUACUGGACAGAUGGGUGCAAAGGGGUUUUCUGCGUGGGAGACCUGAAGGGGAACGUCCUGAUUUUCACCUCCACCGACGUGGUCACCAAUGGCCUCUUCAACGUCCGCAGCUACAUAGGGGGCUUAGCCAGAGUGCCUGUGCAUCUCCUGAUGAAGGUGAAGACGCUGCUCUACCGGAAUUUCAUUAUAUCGGCUGUGCACGGAGACUGGUGUCAACAGGUCAUGUACAUCCCCCAGCUCAAUCUGGUGGCUUCCUGCACCCCGGCUGAGAAGUCCGCCAUGGCUUUGACCUCGCUCCCGCUGCAUAACAUUGGAAAGCUCCAGUCAGCUUUGAUCGUUCUCAGGAAGGGGAUCCUGUGCUUUGACUACUCUCCAGAAAUGAAUAUUGUGGUGACGGGGGGCUACGAUCCCCUGAUCCGAAUCUGGAACCCGUACGUCACCAACAGUCCCAUCACUCAGCUGAAGGGCCACUUGACAGCUGUCACUCACAUCAUGAUCAACAGGCAGAAGAAAACCAUCGUGAGCAUCUCAAAGGACAAGAAUAUUCGGGUCUGGGAUCUACUGGAUCACUUCUGCCUGCAGUCGAUCCAUGGCCGGAACGUCCCGCUGGGCAACUGCCCCAUCUCCUCCGUCUACUACCACCAGCAUCAGAAUAUCUUGAUCUGCGCCACUUACAAGAUUGGGUUAUUCUUUGGUGCUGAAUUCACCGAGGUGGAACUCAAGACACAAGAGCCUCUGCUGUGUUGUGCACUUUACAACAAGAUCUUCAAACAGGCGGUCAGCGGCUAUUACAGUGGGAUGGUCAGUGUUUGGGAUGUCAUGACUGGACAGAAGAUUAUGGAGUUCACCACCACCUCGGACCAGGCCUUGGAGAUGACUGCCAUGAUCUUCGACCCGCCCGAACGGCGACUCAUCACGGCCCUGAAAAACGGCUUGAUCAAACUGUGGAACUUCAACAACGGGGCUUGCCUGAUGGAGAUCCCCUUUGAGGAGAAGACUGAGACCAACUGCAUCUUCUACAUGAACCAUAGGAUUUUUAUCACCGAUUGGACCAAGCGAGUGACAUGGUACCGGGACUCCAAAGAUGAGAACAACAUCAUUGAGUGCAAGCACUGGAAGUCCUACCACGCAGAGGACAUCCUCUCCAUGGACGGCUAUGCCAACAGGCUUCUGGUCACCUGCUCCAGCAACGGAGACAUUGUCCUCUGGUACGUCAACUCUGGCCAAGCCUUCUGCCGGUUCAACGCAUCGGAGAGUCCUCUGGCGCUCGUCCCCAAACGGGAGUUCGCCAUGAGUGCAGAGCCUCCUCUGCAGAGUGGGGAGGUCAAGAAGGUGAAGACCCACCAGAGUGAGGGUGAGAACAAGUACUGGGCCUACCCAAGGAGGCAGAGUACCUCAAAGGCUGCCCUCCCCAUGCGACCCACCAGCGCCAAAACUCUUGCCUCACCUUCUGGUCCCAUCAAGCGUCCGUCUUCAGCUGUGUUUGGAAGCCAGACCACAAAGCCCCAGACAGCUUGGAGCUCCAAGAACAUCAUGAAGGGUAAUAACCUUCUCCGUUCCCUGGGCAUGUUGGAGAGCGCCCUGCUGAGAAAGGAGAGCCUGUCGUGGCAAGAAGAGAUCCAGGCCACCCAAAGAUCAGGGGAGAAGGUUCUCUUCCUGAAGACUCGUGAACGGAAGACCAACGUGGCUAUUUUGCUCACCAGUUGCAUGGAUGGCUUCCUUUAUGCCUGGUCAGUGGAAAAUAAAGGAGGGAUGUUGGGCAAAUUCCGAGCUAGCCAUGAAACUGGUCGGGACAGUGUGGUCACCACCAUGUCCACAGAUGACAAAGAGUUGAUCCUCUUAACUGGAGAUUCCUUGGGUUACAUCAAGAUCUGGGACAUCAUGGAUUACUGCACAGGCCCUGAAGUAGAAGAUUCCAAGUUAGAUCUGACUGAGGAAUCUCCGCCCAAGAGGAACCCCUUCCGUGACUUAAUCCCAGAUUACUGCAGAAUUGCUUCGACUUUCUCAGAAGACAGAGCAAUCCAGCUGGAACACGAAGGCUGGGUCACCACCCUGAUCCCUCCUGUCUGCCUGAGUUCCUGGCGGGGCCACCUGAAGAACGUAAUCAGCCUCCGAUACGUGGAAAAGUUCCAAGCAGUGCUGACAGCCAGCCAGGACUGCACCAUCAAACUCUGGCUGUUGACGGGCAGACACGUCGGGACCUUCGGGCAGUCGUUGUGGAGCCUGGGGAUAUCGCACUUAAUUCCACCAGAGAUCCCUGAGGAAAUACGUCACGUGGCAUCCCUACACACGCUGAAAGUUCUCAAUGAGGGCCGGCAACCCCACUGGGAGAGCACCCGCAAAAUCGUCAAGACCCUGAGCCAGCAGCGGAGGCAGCAGUCCCUCCUGAUGGACCUCCUGAGCCCCAAGUCCUCCCUCAGCAUCGAGGGCGUGGAGAGGAUGCAGGACCUCAUCCAGAAGGAGACCCGGAUGACCCAGUACAACGACGACCAAAUCGAGGCGUCCUUUCAGAAGUGGGAGGAGUCUGGGAAGAAAAGCGACAUCCUGGGUCACUCCUACAAGCAGAAGGGGCGUCGGCCUUUGCUGAAGCAGCUUCCGGAGGUGAAGGCCUCGGUGGCCAACAAGGACCAGCCUCGGAUCUACCACUGCAUCCAGUACACGGACCUUCACCCGCUGAUCAGUCCUCAAAUCCCGGACGUUUUGGCGGAAGCCCAACAGAUGCAGGCCUUGGCCGACAUCAAGGGCUUCCGGAAGGGCAAGCGAUGGAUGGCGCUGACGGGCGUCAUGAAGCCCAAUCUGAAGAACAUGAUGCUGCGCAGGAACGCCCUCCUUACCAAGGACUGAUCCACCAGCCCGAGCUUGCAGAUUUGCCAGGCUUUCCAGGUCCCCAUUCGGUCCAGUCUCCGGAUUCCUGCAGAAGAAUUUUUUUUUUAAAUUUUUUUUACAAAGCGUUGAAGUGGCUGAAGCUUGGAAAUAAACAUAAGGGGUGAAAGUCCGUGGCUUGGGGUGGUCUCUCUCCAGCUCAAAGGAGGGUGGAGGGUUCCAGAUGGAGAAGGAGAAACGUCCUGACAGU